AUGGAUUCAGAUCAGGUUGCAAUACCUAGGGUACUGCACUACGUAAUCCCGGAUGAGUCGGAGAAGGCAGGUGCAAGCAAGAAGAAGACAGAUGCAAGCAUUGAAAGCACUGUGUUUCUGUCAAUGGCUAACCAAGCUCAGACUUCUCAAACUUCAUCUUCUCCAUCCACUACUCAUCGUGAGCUCUCUCCAAUGGAGGACCCGAGGAGUCCAUUCUUUCUGCACCAUGGAGAGUCACCAGGUGCAAUUCUUGUCACACAGCCCUUGACAGAAGACAAUUACCCUAAUUGGGCUAGGGCUAUACGUAUGGCAUUGGAUGUGAAGAGUAAGCUAGGGUUUGUGGAUGGCACUAUAACAGCUUCCAUGGCCAUUACACCUCUGGAAAAGAUUGCUUGGUCAAAGAACAAUUCCAUGAUUUCUUCAUGGAUAUUGAAUUCAAUCUCUCCUCACAUCUCUGGUAGUGUGAUUUACAGAAACUCUACAAUGGAGGUUUGGAAUUCAUUAAAGAACCAUUUCUUGCAAGCAAAUGAUCCACGAAUUUCACAACUCCAGAAGCAAAUUUCAACAAUCAUGCAAGGAGAUGCAACAGUGACUUCUUUCUUCACUAAUCUUCAAGCUUCUUGGGAUCAAUUGCUUAAUCUCAGGCCUUUACCAUGCUGUUCUUGUGGUAAGUGUGUUUGUGGUGUGAAUGACAAGAUCACACUAUUUCAUCAUCAAGACUCUUUAAUGCAGUUCCUUAAUGGCUUGAAUGAAGUCUAUUCACAAGUUCAAACACAAAUUUUGAUGAUGGAACCAAGUCCCUCAAUUAACAAGGCUUUCUCUUUGGUAAUACAAGAGGAAAGACAGAGGGCUUUAGGCUUCAAUGGAGGGCCUUCAGUUGAUGCAACUGCUCUUGCAAUCAAGACUCAAGGAUUUAAUCAAGGUGGGAAGAACACAAAAGUAAAGGGUAGACCUAUCUACAAUCAUUGUGGCAAGGCUGGACAUUUCAUGGAGAAAUGCUACAAGUUAAUUGGCUUUCCACUAGGAUAUAAGCAAAAGGGAAAGGUGUCCAUGGCUAAUCAAGUGAGUCUUAAUGGUGAUUCUGGUCAAUCUGAAGCUGCAUCAUAG